UCGUUUCUCGACUUUACUCCAGAGAUGAAGGCGUUCGUCGCAAGCAUUUUUAUGUGCACAAUCAGCGCCAUUGUUUGCUCUGCCGAUGGAGAUAUUGCGGCAAAAUUUAAUACCUCGGAAGUAGUACCCGAUGUCCUGAAAGAAGCACCUGCGGAAUUACUCGAGGUGAAUUUCAAUGGUAAAAUAAUACAGGAGUUUGGCCAAGAGCUGACCCCAACUCAAGUCAAAAAGGCACCAACGUUAACAUGGAACGCCAAUCCCAAUGCUUUCUAUACCGUCUGCAUGACAGAUCCGGACGCACCGAGCCGCACAGAUCCAAAAGCUCGCGAGUUCCUCCACUGGCUGGUGGUGAACAUCCCAGGCAGCGAUAUAGGCCGCGGCGACACCAUGGCCGCUUACGUAGGCUCGGGUCCACCCAAGGGCACCGGCUUCCACCGCUACGUGAUAAUCGUGUACGAGCAACCUCGUGGCAAAAUCGACGUGUCCUCGGAUAAACGUAUACCGAACAACACGCGCGACGGUAGGCCCAAAUUUUCCGUGCAGAGGUACGCGGACGAACAUUAUUUCGGACCGCCCGUCGCUGCUAACAUGUACCAGGCCCAAUGGGAUGAUCACGUCAUCAAUGUUCACCGGCAACUCAGCACCAUACAAUCUUUCAACGUUUGAAGCUUUUCCUUUUUUUUUACCAUUUUUUACCACGCAAUUCUGUCAUUUGUCUUUGUUUCGGUAGUUCAAGCUUACUUUUUUUACUGUAUUUAAAUAAUUAUAAAAUUUCGUCACUCCCAAUAAACGUUUGUAUACUAAUACGAAUGCAAACAAAUAAAUAUGUAUAUGCUCAAAUGAAAUGUAUAUUCAUUCAAAUCGUAUAAUAUUCAUUUAAAUCGAAUAAACAAAAACCUUUUUUCAAAGUAUUA